GCAUGGAACAAGAACAUUUCAAUCUAAAGUCAUUCUGCUAACGUACACUGACAUAAGCCACUUCUUGCAGCCCACGAUUAAACCUCGUGACUGGCCUCUUUUCGUCUUCUUCAAAACCCCAGCUGAACCCCAACACCGUUCAUGCAAUGGCGGCUAAAACCCCUGAUCCAUCCUAACCUCCACGCCAUAUAAAUUUAGUAAUUAUUUCCUAGCCUUUAAAUUUGUUCGGCUUUGGGGGGUUCUUGUUUGUAUGCUUUUUAUCAAUGGCUAGCAAUGAUAAUCCAGGAAGUGAAUCUAAUAUUAAUGGUGGUGAUGCUGCUGCUUCUUCUUCGACCUCGAAAGUUGGAGAAACACCCACUCAGAUUCAGCCUUUUAGAAUGCCUUCAAUAGAAGAGGUUCGUGCCCAGGAAGUUUGGAAUAACUGUGCUGUUCGCAGUGUGGCUAGUGGAGUCAUGGGAGGUGGUUUGGGGUUGUUCAUGGGACUGUUUCUAGGUGCCUUGGAUAAUCCUAUUAUGCAAGAUGAGAUGACAGGAAGGCAGCAAUUUAUUUACACUGCAAAACAAAUGGGGCGGAGGAGUUGGAGUUCUUGUAAAGCGUUUGCAAUUAUGGGCUUGGUUUUCUCAGCUGCCGAGUGUGUUGCCGAGAAGGCACGAGCAAAACAUGACACCACAAAUACUGUAGUUGCUGGGUGUGUCACUGGAGGUGCCAUGUCAGCAAAAGGUGGUCCUAAAGCAGCAUGCUUUGGUUGCGCUGGGUUUGCUGCAUUCUCAGUUUUGAUAGAGAAAUUCCUAGACAGACAUACUUGAGUGGACAAGUACCCGGAUCCAGUUUUGCAGGCUGGCUUUGGAUUGGUGACCUAGCAGUCUAUCUGCUAGCAGAGAAAUUAUUUCUUUUUUAUACACAUUCAUUUUUUAUUCGAAUUAAAUUUCUGCCCUCAACGAAGGAGAAUGACCAUAAUAUACGAGCAAGUUUCGUGUAG